AUGUUCAAACAUUAUCAGGCGGCGGUGAAGAGAGUCAUGGCUGAAUUGGACGACGACGAGUUGGAGAAGGCGAAAGAAACAGCGGAAGAGUGGUCCAACAACUGUCCGCCUCCGAAGAUACAAGCACAAGUCGCUCGUAAGAAGGGUCCGGCAUAUAUGGAGCACUUUUCGAACGAGAUGUGGAGGCAAUGUGGGAUGAGAGUGUUUGUGAUGUCGGCUUGGAAGAAUGAAAAGGGAGAGGUGCUGUUCGGGAUGCAUGAUGAUAACGAGGCCUUAGGAGAUGGGGACAGCUUCAUGAAGACAAAGGACUGGGAGGACAUUGAGCCAGUGUGGCAGGAGUACACACAGGAACAGUUCGGCGCCGGGGCAUGGGAUGGAGGACGUCAGGUCAAGGGAGGUCGAAAAAGAAUUCGAAAACCAGCUUUUGAACUCGAAAUGGACAGGGAAGGUAUGCCGUUCCUUCCUGACAUCACGGACACGAAACUUAAGGAGAAGAAGGCCAUAGUGAGGGCCUUUCUUACAUCGCACUAUCGGAUAUGUUCCAGGAAGGACAAGGUGGUUGUGCCAUGGAGUGCCAUCAUACAAAGUCAGGAUGACUUCAUGGCCUGGACAUAUCUUCUGGCGGAUGUUGACUUGAAGGAGCCUUCCAAGCUGCAAAAUUGGGACACAACUGCCUUGCUCCAUUUCUGGCGUGCUCGGCAGGAAACAGACUUGUAUAGUGAGAAAGCAGCAGAGGGUUACCAUCCAAAGGCCUCGGGAUUCAUUGACAGAAGCCGAGAGUGA